AUGCAAGCAUUGUUGACCAUACUGGCAGUGGCAGUGAGGGUGGAGAUGUGCAACCAUCUUAAUGCCACAUCAGUAGAGCUGUACAUCAGCCAAGGCCGUAUCUCAGGGGAACAGAAGCACACUGAUGAUGGUCAUGUCUACUACGCCUUCAAGGGGAUACCUUAUGCCCAGCCGCCUGUUGGGGAGCUCAGGUUCAGGGACCCUGUACCCCUGGAGCAAUGGUCUGGUGUCAGGGAUGGGUCAAAGUCACCACCCAAGUGUCCUCAGGUUCCCUUUUCAUUUAAUGCCUCCCAUGAGGUAGAGGGCAAGGAAGACUGUCUGUACCUCAAUGUGUUUACUCCACAGUUUGAGACAGCGAGUUUGCCUGUGAUGGUGUUGAUCCAUGGCGGCGCCUUCCUUGCAGGGGACAUGGCCUUUUUCCACCCUAUGCCACUUAUCACCCGGGGCGUGAUAGUUGUCACCAUCCACUACCGCCUUGGUGUGCUCGGUUUUCUUUCCACGGAGGAUGAGGUACUACCAGGAAACCUGGGGCUAAAGGAUCAGACACUGGCCCUCCAGUGGGUGCAGAACAACAUCAUGUACUUAGGGGGAGACCCAAAUAGGGUUACUAUCUUUGGCGGGAAUACUGGAGCUGCCUCCGUCCACUUCCAAAUGCUGACCCCUUUUGCCAAGGGUCUAUUCUCACGGGCUAUCAUGCAGUCUGGGUCAGCAUUGGCUCCCUGGGCAAUGUGGAGAAAGCACAAGGAAGUAGCUGAGAGUAUCGGAUAUAUGUUCAACUGUAACAUUUCCACCUUGCCAGACAUAAACUCUGCCAAAAAUAGUGUCAGACUUUUGCAGUGUUUACAAAAGGUCUCAAUUAAGCACCUUAUACCAGCUAUUAAUAAGUUUCAUGUGUUUAUUAAUCUGCCAUUGAUAAUGACACCCCGAGUGGAUGGGAACUACCUGCCUGAAGAUCCAGCAUUGCUCAUGAUGAAGGGAAAGUUUCACCAAGUGGACAUCAUGACUGGUAUCAAUACACAUGAUGGAGCUAUCAUAACACAAGUCUUAUAUGGUAUCCCAAAAGAGCGAUUAAAAUUUCUACAGAACUUCAACACUCUUGGCCCAAAAGGAGUCAUGGCCUUCCAAGAGGGAGAUGAGUUUCCACUUUUCCUGACCCAUUUGGCAUUUCAGUGUUAUGUGGGCGGCAUCCACAUCAGGGAGGAGGACGAACCAUCAAUUACACAGUUACUCACUGACCGUUUAUUUGCUGUGAGCAAUGAUGAGACAUGGCGGUUAGCUGAAAUGGGCCUGACCAAUAAGAGUGUGUUUUCCUAUGAGUUCAAGUAUCGUGGAAAACAUUCCUUCCACCACAUCACCAACUUCACUGUCAAAGAAAACUCUGAAUAUAGUACUCAAUACACAUUCACCUUUAUCACUGUAUACCAACAAAACUAA